UGUUGACAUCAAAAGUUGAAGAGCUUGAGAGAUUAAUAGCAUAGCAUAGCAUUAGAUGAAGAGAACAUACAGAGUCUUUGUCAUCGACAUGGGUCCAUCUCCCUGACUCCGACUGCGUAAAAUCUAGCUUUUUCGUGGACGACACGAUCCGAGUCUACCGCUACUCUCCCUUUUCCCUUUUUAUCUCUUCUUCCUCUUCCUCUUCCUCUUCCUCGUCCUCUCCUGGAAAUGGAUGAUCAAUAUUCCCUUUCCGAUCUCCGCCAUCUCAUCACUGCCCCGCCUCGCUCUCAUUUCCUUUCUUCCUCAAUUCCCCACCACGAUCUUGCUUCUACCGCCUUUCGCCACCACCAUACCCCCUAUGAUCUCAUUCGCUCUCAACCCACCACCGUUCUUGGUUCCACUUCCCCUACUAGCUUCGAUGCUCAAACCACCACUGCUCGGUGGCCUCGCCAAGAGACUCUCACUCUCUUGGAUGUCAGAUCUCGCCUCGAUUCUAAGUUUAAAGAAGCUAACCAAAAAGGACCACUUUGGGAUGAAGUUUCUAGAAUUAUGGCUGAGGAACACAAUUAUCAAAGAAGUGGAAAGAAAUGCAGAGAAAAGUUUGAGAAUUUAUAUAAAUAUUACAAAAAGACAAAGGAUGGCAAAGCUGGACGACAAGAUGGCAAAAACUACAGAUUCUUCAGGCAGCUUGAAGCUCUUUAUGGUGAAACCAGCAAUGCCACUUCACUUCCAGACUCCCAUUUUGUUGGAGAUGGCAACCUUAUAUUCCAACCAGAUGGGACUAAUAAUCCAACUUCCGGUCACAUGAGCUACGAUGCUCAGCUGAAGCACUACUGCGACAGUCUCAGCCUCUCGAACACGUCCGAGUUUGAAACCUCGGCGUCGUCUGAUGGUAAUGACGAGUUUGGUUCGGUCAAUGAUUCGGUGGAGAAGAGGAGGAAGAGGCGAGCUGGGAAAUGCUGGAAGGUGAAGAUCAAGCAGUUUAUUGACUCGCAAAUGAGGAAGCUAAUUGAUAAGCAAGAAGCUGGGUUGGAGAAGCUCAUGAAAACUCUUGAACAAAAGGAGAAGGAAAGAAUGGUAUGGGAAGAGGAAUGGAGGAAACAAGAAGUGUCAAGAAUUGAGAGUGAGAGAAGCUUUUGGGCAAAGGAGAGAGCAUGGAUAGAAGCUAGAGAUGCAGCGUUAAUGGAGGCAUUACAAAAGCUAACAGGCAAAGAGUUAAUCACAGCGGAGCCUCAUCCAAAUGAAGAUGGUAGUGAGAUACUCAACAAUUACCAAACAAAAACAAUCGAUCAAAACAACAAGAAACGCAAGGACAAUUCAAGAUCACCCACCACAACCUACAAUCUUUACUUCCAAACUGAUUCCUCGGUCUACGGCGGAGGUGGCCGUGGCCGUGGCCGUGGCCGUGGCACCGAGAUGAAAGAACAAAGUCCGAACAGCUCGAACGCCGGGGGCAGUGGCAGUGGCAGCCAAGUGGUGCAAGAUAGCUGCUUUUUCUUGAUGGGUGAAGGAGAUCAAUCUCAAUCUGGUUUGUGGGAGAAUUUUGGGCUUAAACUCAACAAUGGAAGCCAUCAAACUUGACUUUGAUCUAGCUUAUCUAGCAUGGGUAGCUGUGGGGAACGAAUCAUUCCUUAUAAAAGCGUAGAAAUCUCUUCAUGUAGAAACCUCUACUUAAUAGACUCAUUUAAAAUUGUGAUGAUGAUAACUAUGCGUAACAGAUGAAAGUGAACAAUGUCGAUCAACACGUGAAUUUGGGGUUGAUUUCGAAUUUGAUUAAUUAAAAAAAUGGCAUUAUAAUCA